AUGCUGCCAGCGCACGGCAAAUAUGUGCGGGUAGCCUACGCUCGCUUCUCGACAGUGAGGCUGCGAUGGAUGUAGAGAACCUGCCGUGUUUCCCAUCUCUUGCAUGGUGCACCAUCAUUGUACCAUUCGAAGUAAUUAACCCGUCCCAGUUUAUUUUAAAUGUUUACAUUGAAAACAAAUAAACGCAUUGGAUUCGAUCAUUCAUUCGUUUUUGCGGCCGUUUGCCUCUUCACUUAUUCCGUGAUGUGAAUGAACCGCCCCGUUAUUUCAGGCAGUGUACUGAUAGCAUCAUACUACGAGAGAUGGGUGGGGUGGCAGUGGCUAUAGGAAAAUAUGCGUUUUCUUCAUUUUUACAUGAAAAUAGGCUACGGGUGAUAUGAAUAGAAAACAAUACAUUUUAUUGUCUUAUAAUAAAACAUACAACAUUUAUACAAUUAUGUUCUGUUAUAGUGAAAUGUUCCGAGAGAUAUAUUGGCUACAGCUAGUGGAGGUUAGCUCUCUGACAUGCUGACUAGACCGGGCGCGCGCCAUCGCGUGCAUGUUGAUUUUGUUCACCCACACCAGACGUGAUCAGGACACGCAGGUUGAAAUAUCAAAACGAACUCUGAACCAACUAUAUUAAUUUGGGAACAGGUCGAAAAGCAUUAAGCAUUUAUGUCAAUUUAGCUACUAGCUUGCUGUUGCUAGCUAAUUUGUCCUGGGAUAUAAACAUUGGGUUGUUAUUUUACCUGAAAUGCACAAGGUCCUCUACUCUGACAAUUAAUCCACAGAUAAAAGGGUAAACAGAGUUCGUUUCUAGUAAUCUCUCCUCCUUCAGGCUUCUUCUUCUUUGGACUUUAUAUGGGGAUUGGCAACCAACUUUAAGGUGCAUUACCCCCACUAACUGGACUGGAGUGUGGACCUCAGUUCAUCUUUCAAUCACCCACGUGGGAAUAUGCUCCUAAAAACCAAUGAGGAGAUGGGAGAUGCGGGACUUGCAGCGGGUCACAAAUAGAACCAAGUUCUAUUUUAGUGCCUGGCUACGCAGACGUUCGUUGACGCAUGCGAGCAGUGUGGACGCAAUGAUUGAAUAACAUGUAUGUGUACAUUUACAUGCUGUUCUAGACUGAUGCACGGAUGACAGGUUCACCCUCUUCCAUUAUGUAGCCUAUCGAUUCUCUAACCUCAAAUUAAUACAUAUUUUUUCCCCACCUCUCAAAUAAUUAAUAGCCAUUUUACGUUGUUUGACUGUAACAUUUGAAAGGUUUGUUUAUUUGGAUCCCCAUUAGCUUUUGCAGAAGCAGCAGCUAAGUAACAAAACACUGAUACACUGAUAGACAAGGACAGUCACACUCAUUUGAAAUGCAAUGACAAACAAGACAACAACAAAAAUAAUACAAACAAUAGAACAACAAAAAUAAUGUGUGUGUUAGUGUGUCUGCAUGUGUUUGUGUCCCCUCAUAGUCCCGCCGUUCCAUGAGUUGUGGUUUAAUCCAUUUUGUUAAGGUAAUUUUUGCUGUUUGCUUGAGUAAUUGGAGAUGGAAGGGAGUUCCAUGCGAUCAUAGUUCUGUAUAAAACUGUGCGUUGCCUCAUUCGUUUUGGACUUGGGGACUGUGGAGAGACCUCUGGUGGCAUAUCUUGUGGGGUAUGUAUGGAUGUUUGAGCUGAAUGUUAUUUGAUUAUGUAGACAAUAUGGAAUUUUCGUCACAGUAAUAUUUCUCAUAAAAACUAGAAGAGAAGAAGUUAAUCUCUUGUCAACCAUCAACCAGGAAAGACUGGCAUGCAUGUUGUUGAUGUUAGUUCUGUAUGUGCAGUUAAGGGCAAGGCGUGCUGCUCUGUUUUGAGCAAGCUGCAGCUUUGAUAGGUCUUUCUUUGCUGCACUUGACAAUAUUACCAGACAUUAAACAAGAUGGGGCAAGACCAGAGCCUUAACAACUAGUACAGUUGAUCUUUGUGUCAAAAAUACAGGACUUAUAUUUUACAACAGACAUACCUCUCCCCAUCUUCACAACAACUUUGUCAAUAUGACUUGACCAUGAUAACUGACCAUCCAAUGUUACUCCUAGGAGUUCAGCUUCCUCAACUUUAACAAUGUUCACAACCUUUAUGUACAACUCCAGUUGAGGUUUAGGUCUUAGAGAAUGUUUUGAACCAAAUACAAUGCAUUUAGUUUUAGAUGUAUUUAAUACCAGUUUAUUAUUAAUCACCCAUUCUGAUACUGACUGUAACUCCUUAUUUAGAAUUUCAGUGAGCUCACUGGCUUUGGGUGCUGGCAUGUAGAAUGUGGAAUGAUCCGCAUACAUAGUCAUUCUAGCUUUGUGUAAGACCAGUAGCAAAUCAAAUAGCGAAGAGUAAUGGCCCAAGGCAACUGCCCUGAGGGACACCGCACAAUACAUAUCAGAUGUUAAAGAAGCUUCCAUUGAAGAACACUCUCUGGGUUCUAUUGGAUAAAUGGCUCUCCAACCAUGUGAUGGCAGGUGAUUUACAGCCAUAGGAAGUUUGUUUUUACAAUAACAAUUUAUGAUCAAUAACAUCAAAGGCUGCACUGAAAUCUAACAAUACAGCUCCAACUGUCAUCUUAUUAUCUAUUUAUUUUAACCAAUCAUCAGUCAUCUGAGUCAGUACAGUACAAGUUGAGUGCCCUUCUCUAUACUGUAUGCAUGCUGAAAGUCUGUAGUUCAUUUGUACUCUGAAAAAUAGCAUUGUAUUUGGUCAAACACGAUCCUCUCCAUCAGUUUACUAAGAACAAGCAGCAAACUGAUUGGGCGGCUGUUAGAGCAAGAAAGGGUACUUUACUAUUUUUAGGUAGUGGAAUUACUUUAGAUUCCUUCCACACCUGUGGACACACACCUUUAGAAAACAUUUUGUAUUACUUUAGGCCCAACCUUUGUCACUUUGGGUUUCCUUGUUAUUUCCACAAUGUUGUUAUCUUCGCAGUUUAGAUUAUAAAUAGUGUUAACACUCAGUUGUUAAUUAUGCUCUGGUAAUGUAAACAUUCAGUUACAUUGUCAUUGUCUGUCCAUAAAAUAACAUCCUUAUUGCCGAGAGCCAAAUUCUUCACCCACAGUCUACUCUAGUAAUCCUCAAAUACUUUAAGUACUUGAUAGUUAAAUGCUUUGUCUGGCACACUGAGAAGAUCCUACAUUAGUCCUAAUUUCUCUUAACUGUUAGGCUAGAAAUUAGGACUAAUGUAGGAUCUUCUCAGUGUGCCAGACAAAGCAUUUAACCAUCAAGUACUUAAAGUAUUUGCGGAUUACUAGAGUAGACUGUGGGUGAAGAAUUUGGCUCCUGGCAAUAAGGGGCGGCGGGUAGGUGGUUCGAAUCCCCAAGCCGGCAAGGUGGAAACAUCUGCCGUUCUGCCCUUGAGCAAGGCAGUUCACACCCAACAACAACUGUUCCCCGGGCGCCGAUGAUGUGUACGUCGAUUAAGGCAGCCCCCCGCACCUCGCUGAUUCAGAGGGGUUGGGUUAAAUGCGGAAGACACAUUUCAGUUGAAUGCAUUCAGUUGUGCAACUGACUAGGUAUCCCCUUUCCCCUUAUGGUCACUACAGCCAAUGGAAAUUGAUAUUGCUUUGGAGCAAAGCAAUGCAGCGUUAGUGAAAAUAUGAUCAAUGCAAGUGGAUGUCACAGAUCCAACACUAUUGGUAGAAAAUAUACCCCUCUGUUAACAUCACACACAUUAACAAGCAUUGCACACUUCUUAUCCAAAUAUUGACUGUUAGCACUUAGCAGCACUGUUAGCACUUAGCAGCACUGUUAGCACUUAGCAGCACUGUUAGCACUUAGCAGCACUGUUAGCACUUGGUGGCCUAUAGCAGCACCCCAAAGAAGAGGCUUUAGAUGAGGCAGGUGAACUUGUAACCACAACACUUCAACAGCAUUUGACAUGAGAUCCUCUCUAAGCUUUACAGGAAUAUGACUCUGAACAUAUACAGCAACACCUCCCCCAUAGGCAUUCCUGUCUUUUCUGUAGAUAUUAUCCCUGUAUUGGUAUUGCUAUAUCAAAGGAAUUAUCUAAGUGAGUUUCAGAGAUGGCCAGUAUAUGAAUGUUAUCCGAUGUUAGCAAGUUAUUGAUUUCAUGAACCUUAUUUCUAAGGCUACAUACAGUGCAUUCGGAAAGUAUUCAGACCCCUUGUCUUUUUCCACAUAUUGUUACAUUACAACUUUAUUCUAAAAUUGAUUUUAAGUGAAGGGGUCAGAAUACUUUCCGAAUGCACUGUAUAUUAAUAUGGGCUAGCCCUUUCCUUGGUAGCUUAUUGGAGAUGGACUGAAUAAAUAUAUGUGUGUGUGAUGUUGGGCUGAAGCUACUGAAAGAUGAAGGAUUCAUUUAUAUUUGAUCAACCAAUUCCUAAACCAAUUGUGUGGGUAGCCACUACACUUGCUGAAGGCUGACAUCAUCACUGUGUUCAUAUAGACAUUCUCAGAUGCUAUCUGACCCCCUGUCUCCAGUCCUAUUGGUUUAUUCCCUCUCAGUUCUUGAACAAUUAUGUGAUAAACUGAGCACUGAUUCAUUGGUGAUAGCAUGGCCAAUUAUCAAUAACCACCACCUUGAAUCCCAACCAUAGAACUAGUAAUCUACGCACUACACUACCACUACCUUGAGUUUAUUUAAACCCGAGGAAAGGGGCCUACUAGGCAACAACAUUCCAUCUCUAUUCUCUGAACCUGUCACUAGGCUGGGUCAUGUGACCUUCCAAAUGUAUUUUGCUCGUGAAUAUUCAUGAGGUAUGUAUUGUUGUUAGUUGGUUGGAAUGGAGAUUCAUGACAUGAUGAGGGAGUUACUGUUGUAGUGGGAGGGUAGGUGUGUGCCCCCCCCCCCCCCCCCCCCCCCCCCCCCCCCCAGUCCAAACCAUAAUCUCUCCCUGAAUAUGAAUUCCUCUGUCUGUGUUCCACCAUGUCACUCAUAAACAGACCCUAUAUUCUCCAUUUGUGUGUGUGUGUGUGCGCACGUACCUCGUGCGCUCAGUGUGAGACGAGGAUGGUAGCACAUUUUGAGGAUGCCCAGAGGGGAACCCAUUGAGUGAUGUUACCCGGAUGUGACACUCUCUCUCUCUCUCUCUCUCUCUCUCUCUCUCUCUCUCUCUCUCUCUCUCUCUCUCUCUCUCUCUCUCUCUCUCUCUCUCUCUCUCUCUCUCUCUCUCUCUCUCUCUCUCCCUGCCUUAGACUAGCUUCUCCUUCUGUACAGGGCUGGAAGUGAUAAAGGAUGGCUUGGAUAGAGAUAUCUAUUUCACCACUCCCCCUCCUCCAACACUCACUCCCCCUCCUCUUACAUUCACUCCUCCUACACUCAGUCCCCCUCCUCCUACACUCAAUCCCCCUCCUCCCACACCCCCUCCUCCUCCUCCUACACUCACUCCUCCUCCACUCCUCCACAUCCUCCUCUUCCUACACUCACUCCCCCUCCUCCUACACUCACUCACUCCUCCUCCACCUACUCUCACUCCUCCUCCGUCUACAGUCAGUUGUCCUCCUCCCACACUCACUCCUCCUUCUUCCAUCCACUCCUCCUCCUCCUACUCUCACUCCUCCUCUGCCUACACCCACUCCUCCUCCUCCUACACUCCUCCUCCGCCUCCUCCUACUCUCACUCCUCCUCUGCCUACACCCACUCCUCCUCCUCCUACACUCCUCCUCCGCCUCCUCCGCCUCCUCCUACUCUCACUCCUCCUCUGCCUACACCCACUCCUCCUCCUCCUAUACUCCUCAUCCGCCUCCUCCUCCUCCUCCUCCUCUCACUCCUCCUCUGCCUACACUCACUCCUCCUCCUCCUACACUCAGUCCCCCUCCGCCCCCUCCCACUCCUACUCUUCUUUUUUCAGAUUUCCACAUAAUCUAUCAAUUAGGGCUGACCCCAAUUAUUCGACUGGUCGAUUGUUUGGUUGAUAGGCUGCUGUUCGACCGAGAUUUUUUAGUUGAGCAGUAUCAUAUAUAUAUAUAUAUAUAUAUUAUAUACUACCAGUCAUAGUUUGGACACACCUACUCAUUCAAGGGUUUUUCUUUAUUUUUUUUACAAUUCUUUACAUUGUAGAAUAAUAGUGAAUACAUCAAAACUAUGAAAUAACACAUAUGGAAUCAUGUAGUAACCAAAAAAGUAUUAAACAAAUCCAAAUAUCUUAUAUUUGAGAUUCUUCAAAUAGCCACCCUUUGCCUUGAUGACAGCUUUGCACACUUGACAUUCUCUCAACCAGCUUCACCUGGAAUGCUUUUCCAACAGUCUUGAAGGAGUUCCCACAUAUGCUGAGCAUUUGUUGGCUGCUUUUCCUUCACUCUGCCGUCCGACUCAUCCCAAAUCAUCAGGUCAUCUGAUUCAGCACUCCCUCACUCUCCUUCUUGGCUAAAUAGCCCUUACACAUCCUGGAGGUGUGUUGGGUCAUUGUCCUGUUAAAAAACAAAUGAUUGUCCCACUAAUCCGAAACCAGAUGAGAUGGCGUAUCGCUGUAGAAUGCUGUGGUAGCCAUGCUGCUUAAGUGUGCCUUGAAUUCUAAAUAAAUCACAGACAGUGUCAUCAGCAAAGCACCCCCACACCAUAACACCUCCUCCUCCAUGCUUUACGGUGGGAAAUACACAUGCAGAGAUCAUCCGUUCACCCACUCCGCGUCUCACAAAGACACAGCGGUUGGAACCAAACAUCUCCAAUUUGGACUCCAUACCAAAGGACACAUUUCCACCGGUCUAAUGUCCAUUGCUCGUGUUUCUUGGCCCAAGCAGGUCUCUUCUUCUUAUUGGUGUUCUUUAGUAGUGGUUUAUUUGCAGCAAUUCCACCAUGAAUAUGAAAAAUGUAUGCACUCACUAACUGUAAGUCGCUCUGGAUAUGAGCGUCUGCUAAAUGACUAAAAUGUAAAUGUAAAUGAAAGCCUGAUUCACACAGUCUCCUCUGGACAGUUGAUGUUGAGAUGUGUCUGUUACUUGAACUCUGUGAAACAUUUAUUUGGGCUGCAAUUUCUGAGGCUGCUAACUCUAAUGAACUUAUGCUCUGCAGUAGAGGUAACUCUGGGUCUUCCAUUCCUGUGGUGGUCCUCAUGAGAGCCAGUUUCAUCAUAGUGCUUGAUGGUUUUUGCGGCUGCACUUGAAGAAACCUUUGAAGUUCUUGAAAUGUUCCGUAUUGACUGACCUUCAUGUCUUAUAGUAAUGAUGGACUGUCAUUUCUCUUUGCUUAUUUGAGCUGUUCUUGCCAUAAUAUGGACUUGGUCUUUUACCAAAUAUCUUCUGUGUACCCCCCCUACCUUGUCACAACACAACUGAUUGGCUCAAACGCGUUAACUUUUAAGAAGGCACACUUGUUAUUUGAAAUGCAUUCAAGGUGACUGCCUCAUGAAGCUGGUUCAGAGAAUGCCAAGUGUGUGCAAAGCUGUCAUAAAGGCAAAGGGUGCCUAUUUGAAGAAUCUAAAAUCUAAAAUUAUUCUACAAUGUAGAAAAUAGUAAAAAUAAAGAAAAACCUUUGAAUGAGUAGGUGUGUCCAAACCUUUGACUGGUACUGUAUAUAUAAGUUUGGACACACCUACUCAUUCAAUGAUUGUUCUACAUUGUAAUAAUAGUGAAGACAUCAAAACUAUGAAAUAGCACAUAUGGAAUCUUGUAGUAACCAAAAAAGUGUUAAACACAUAAAAAUACAGUGGGGAAAAAAAGUAUUUAGUCAACCACCAAUUGUGCAAGUUCUCCCACUUAAAAAGAUGAGAGAGGCCUGUAAUUUUCAUCAUAGGUACACGUCAACUAUGACAGACAAAAUGAGGGAAAAAAAUCCAGAAAAUCACAUUGUAGGAUUUUUUAUGAAUUUAUUAGCAAAUUAUGGUGGAAAAUAAGUAUUUGGUCACCUACAAACAAGCAAGAUUUCUGGCUCUCACAGACCUGUAACUUCUUCUUUAAGAGGCUCCUCUGUCCUCCACUCGUUACCUGUAUUAAUGGCACCUGUUUGAGCUUGUUAUCAGUAUAAAAGACACCUGUCCACAACCUCAAACAGUCACACUCCAAACUCCACUAUGGCCAAGACCAAAGAGCUGUCAAAGGACACCAGAAACAAAAUUGUAGACAUGCACCAGGCUGGAAAGACUGAAUCUGCAAUAGGUAAGCAGCUUGGUUUGAAGAAAUCAACUGUGGGAGCAAUUAUUAGGAAAUGGAAGACAUACAAGACCACUGAUAAUCUCCCUCGAUCUGGGGCUCCACGCAAGAUCUCACCCCGUGGGGUCAAAAUUAUCACAAGAACGGUGAGCAAAAAUCCCAGAACCACACGGGGGAACCUAGUGAAUGACCUGCAGAGAGCUGGGACCAAAGUAACAAAGCCUACCAUCAGUAACACACUACGCCGCCAGGGACUUAAAUCCUGCAGUGCCAGACGUGUCCCCUUGCUUAAGCCAGUACAUGUCCAGGCCCGUCUGAAGUUUGCUAGAGUGCAUUUGGAUGAUCCAGAAGAGGAUUGGGAGAAUGUCAUAUGGUCAGAUGAAACCAAAAUAUAACUGUUUGGUAAAAACUCAACUCGUCGUGUUUGGAGGACAAAGAAUGCUGAGUUGCAUCCAAAGAACACCAUACCUACUGUGAAGCAUGGGGGUGGAAACAUCAUGUUUUGGGGCUGUUUUUCUGCAAAGGGACCAGGACGACUGAUCCGUUGUAAAGGAAAGAAUGAAUGGGGCCAUGUAUCGUGAGAUUUUGAGUGAAAACCUCCUUCCAUCAGCAAGGGCAUUGAAGAUGAAACGUGGCUGGGUCUUUCAGCAUGACAAUGAUCCGAAACACACCGCCCGGGCAACGAAGGAGUGGCUUCGUAAGAAAGUCUGUGUUGCCCAGCGACAGCCCCAAAACAUCACUGCUCUAGAGGAGAUCUGCAUGGAGGAAUGGGCCAAAAUACCAGCAACAGUGUGUGAAAACCUUGUGAAGACUUACAGAAAACGUUUGACCUGUGUCAUUGCCAACAAAGGGUAUAUAACAAAGUAUUGAGAAACUUUUGUUAUUGACCAAAUACUUAUUUUCCACCGUAAUUUGCAAAUAAAUUCAUUAAAAAUCCUACAAUGUGAUUUUCUGGAUUUUUUUUCCUCAUUUUGUCUGUCAUAGUUGACGUGUACCUAUGAUGAAAAUUACAGACCUCUCUCAUCUUUUUAAGUGGGAGAACUUGCACAAUUGGUGGCUGACUAAAUACUUUUUUUCCCCACUGUAUAUGUUAUAUUCUUAAAAGUAAUCACCCUUUGCCUUGAUGACAGCUUUGCACACGCUUGGCAUUCUCUCAACCACCUUCAUGAGGUAGUCACCUGGAAUGCUUUUCCAACAGUCUUGAAUGAGUUCCAAUAUAUGGUGAGCACGUAAUGGCUGCUUUUCCUUCACUCUGCUGUUCAACUCAUCCCAAACCAAAUCUGAUGCAGCACUCCAUUAAAAAAACAAAACAAUUAUUAUUAUUUAACCUUCAUUUAACUAGGCAAGUCAGUUAAGAACAAAUUCUUAUUUACAAUGACGGCCUACCCCGGCCAAACCCUCCCCUAACCCGGACGAUGCUGGGCCAAUUGUGCGCCGUCCUACGGGACUCCCGGCCACAGCCGGUUGUGGCACAGCCCGGGAAUGAACCCGGGUCUGUAACGCCUCUAGCACUGCGAGAACCAUGGUUUGGUGGAACGUUGAUGGAAUAUUUUCCCUCAGAAAAUUCUGAGAACAUUGUAACCACGUUCUAGAGAAGUUUGGUGUGACAUUAAGGGAAUGUUCUCCUAACUUUAACACCAAAACAUGCAAAAAGGUUUUAGCUAACAUAGAUAGAAUGUUCCCCUAACUAACGUAAAACGGGACACUCAAACAUUACGGGAACAUUACGGGUAACAUUACAAAAAUGUUCUCUCCCUAGAAUUGUUAGCUGGGCUCUCCCCUCGUCACCCUCUCCCCUCGUCACCAUCUCCCCUCGUCACCAUCUCCCCUCCUCACCAUCUCCCCUCCUCACCAUCUCCCCUCCUCACCCUCUCCCCUCGUCACCCACUGCCCUCCUCACCCUCUCCCCUCCUCACCCACUGCCCUCCUCACCCACUCCCCUCGUCACCAUAUCCCCUCCUCACCCACUGCCCUCCUCACCCUCUCCCCUCGUCACCCUCUCCCCUCCUCACCCACUCCCCUCGUCACCCUCUCCCCUCGUCACCAUCUCCCCUCGUCACCAUCUCCCCUCGUCACCCUCUCCCCUCGUCACCCUCUCGCCUCGUCACCCUCUCCCCUCGUCACCCACUCCCCUCGUCACCCUCUCCCCUCGUCACCCUCUCCCCUCGUCACCCUCUCCCCUCUUCACCCUCUCCCCUCCUCACCCUCUCCCCUCGUCACCCACUGCCCUCGUCACCAUCUCCCCUUCUCACCCUCCUUCGUCUCCCUUACUGUUCCUUCUUCUAGCUGGAGGAAAUUAAGCCGAUUAUCAGGCAUGUCAACCCCUGUCUGUCAGAAUAGAGUUAAAAACACACUCCUGAGAGGCACAUGAUGUAGAGGCCAGGCGCUAGGCCCCGUGCCAGACACAGUGUGUUGUACUAAAUGUCACCCUAUUUCCUAUAUAGUGCACUAUGUAGGGGAUAGGGUGCCAUUUGGGACACCAUACUGUGUCUGGUUCCUACUCAGACCCAGACCAGACUGGCUGUAAGGGUAUAUAGUCUUCUAAACAGUGUGAUAUACACACUAUAUACACAGUGUGAAAUACUGUAAUCGAUUGAUUGAUUAGCCUUUUUGCAACUAGGAACACCUUUCAGCAGUGCUGUUUGGGUUAGCUAUUGAUGUGCCUUUCCGCCUGAUUUUUGUCAAUCUUCAAUCAAGUGUUAAUUACCUACCUGUCUGCAUGUGAAUUAGCCUACUCAGCUGUUUGAUUUCAGUGCAGAGCAGACAGAACCCAAUGCUGUCAUGUAUACCAGUGUGCUACGCACAUUCAGCAGUCUCAUGUCUGACCGACAGUUAAACACAGGCAAUUUACUGCUGUUCUCUUCUGUCUCUGGGAAGAAUGACAGCGUUGUCUAGCAUUAGAACAUGUCUUCUUCUCACUAUUGUCUUUUCAUGGUGUCACAAAGGUUGUUUGUCUGAUGACAUUUAUCUGGCAGUUGUAAUAGGGAAACAUGCCAUGCCCAGUGCCCACACUCUCCCACACUGUGUUGAGAUAGACAGGGAAGCAGACAGACAAACGUACAGGUAUAGACACGCGGGUGCACAGACAGACAGACAGAUGUACAGGUUACAGGUGCACAUACCUACAGAUAUUUGCUGUAGCAAGUGGUUCCUAAAGAGGAAAUGAGAGUGAAUACCAGACAAUGUAUGACAGUUCUCAUGGUGGAAGGAAUCUAUACUGGUUUAUAGAUAGUAUUUGUCCUCUUUUUUUUACUGAGAGGUUGUGGUUUGCCUCUCUCUCUCUCUCUCUCUCUCUCUCUCUCUCUCUCUCUCUCUCCCUAUCUCUGUAUAUAUCUCCCUCUCUCUCUCUCCCUCUCUCUCUCUCCUCUCUCUACUCCUAUCUCUCUUAUCUAUCUCUAUCUAUAGCUUCUCUCCACUCUCUGUGUAUCUCUCUCUCUUCUCUACCUCUCUCUAUAUCCUCUCUCUCUCUCUCUGUAUUAAUAUAUCUCUCUCUCUACUAUCUCUAUCCUACCUCCCUCUAUCUCUAUCUCUUUAUCUCUUAUUCUCUCUUCUCCCUCCUUCUCUCUCUCUUUCCUCUUAUCUCUCUCUUUCUCUCCUCUUUCUGUCUCUCUCUCUGUCAUCUCUCUAUUGUCUUCUCUCUCCUCUCUCUCUCUCUCUCUCUCUCUCUCUCUCAUUCUUCUCUCUCUUCUCUGUUCUCUCUGUCAGACUGGCCGGUUGUGGAGUGACCUCUUUGUAGGCCAUGACGCUACCCACGUGAACCGGGAGGAUGCUCUGUCUAACGUGGGAUUGUUGGGGAGCUGCCCCUCCCUGACCAGGCAGCCCUGCAUCGAACCUCCGCCUCAUCCAUCAUGUACAGGUACACACACACACACACACACACAUCUGAGUUUUCUAAUUCAUUGCAAGAGUACUAAACUCCUCUUUCUCUCUCUCUUUCUUGUUCUUUCUAGGCUAACUUUGACACAAACUUUGAGGACAGGAAUGCGUUUGUGACGGGGAUAGCUCGCUACAUCGAGCAGGCUACUGUCCACUCUAGCAUGGUGAGGAAGCAACAGGGAGGGAUUGGUUUGGAACGGGGCCGAGGGAGAGGACUGAGGGAGCGGUUUGGAAUUGGGCCUCUGUGCUUUGUGGACACAGGGAUACUUUUGUUUUUCAAUGGGAACAGUUAGGGAAUGGUUCUCAGACCCCUAGCAUCCUUAUUCUCUCUUGGCUAACACACACACACACACACACACACACACACACAUUCACACACACACACCCGCCACAACAGAGCCUUGUGUUUUUGGUGUUUGGGUGUUUUAUCGUCGUUUUCGCACUGAGGCUUUGGCCUUGUUAGCAGUUUCAGUUGACACAAACACACACACACACACACACACACACACUCUAAGGGAGACAAUAGGCUAGACUUCCUCUUCCUGAAUGUAAUGAAUACGGAGUGUGAUUUGACUGACAGAGGAGGAAACUCUCUUAAAUAAACUUGAUUUUAAAUCAGGAAGUUCCAUUCAGAUAAAUGAUCUUUUUUGAUUUUAUCACACUAUUUUAAUAACCAUUUUAUGUUUGAAACAUACCUGUGAAGAUGAAUUAAGAUAAUAUGCAUACAUUUUGUGUUGUAUGUCUAAUGCAUAUUAACCCCUUUGUCUGUUCUCUCUCCCCAGAAUGAGAUGCUGGAGGAGGGCCAUGAGUACGCUGUCAUGCUCUACACCUGGAGAAGCUGCUCAAGAGCUAUACCACAGGUAACUCACUUUCUCUCUCUCUCUCUCUUUCUCUCUCUUUCUCACUCUCUCUCUCUCUCUCUUUCUCUCUCUCACUCGCUCUCUCUCUUUCUCUCUCUCAAUGUCGCUCUCUCCUCACUUUCAAACAAUCACAAGAUAGUGAAAGCAUUGACAAAGAAAUAGACUUGGGCUGCAUCCAGAUUGCCAUACCUUCAUACCGAUCUUGUGACAUCCCGGGAUAUUCGGUAAUACCGGCACUGAACAUAAGGGGUGCUGUUUUUAAACCCCACUGAGCCUCUGUAAUCUGCAUUUUAUACAGUCUCUGACCUAAACUAUUUGCAAGACAGACAUCCCAGCUCAUAAAGUUAUACAAAUAACAAAAAAAUGCUACUCACAGUUUGCUGAACGUACAAAGCAAAUAUUAGACAGCAAGGCCCUUGAUCCAGGAGGGGAUUCUCUGCUGUUACCAAGCGAUGCUUGAUUUUGGAAGAAGCUAACCACUUAGCUAGAUAGCUAACUAGCUACUAAAUUAGCAAACCAAAUGCACAACUGCAGAGCAUUUAGCACAUUUUAGACAGUUAACUUAAUAGUUAUAAGAUAUCUAGCUGGCAAACAUUUAGUUGUGAAUUCCAUACUGUAACUAGAUCACCUGGCGUGUGCUGCGCAACAGUGAGUGACUCAAAAGGCUCCGGUCUCUCGUCGUUUUGUGCUUGUUAACAAACCCCACGUGACUGGGGACUACCGGUAAACUUCAUAAUGAAAAAUUAUGUGACAGGUGAAAUGAAGAACGCGAUCUUCUUUAUCUUUUAACGUAUUGCACAUUUUGUCUGAAGGCAUUUACAUAAAAAGCACUUACAAAUAUUCAAAUGUAUUAACAAACUUCAAAGAAAUAGCUUCAAUGGUAUUGAAAAACAAUCCAUUGGCUAUUUCCAAAUACUCCGGUAUACGGUAAAUCCCGUAUACUGCCCAAGCCUACUCUGCAAUGAGAAGGGUGAAGGGUGUUCUCUCAAUAACCCUCGACUUCACCACACGUUCCUCAUCUGUCUUGUUCUCACUUCAACAGUUCAACCCUAAACAUGCAAAUUAGUCUAUUUUCACCACAUCACUACCCACUCUACAACCACAGUCUACUUUACAGGUAACUGCCAAAAUAAAGGAAACACGCGAGUAAAUGAGUGAUACAAAGUAUUUUGAAAGCAUGUGCUUCCACACAGAUGCGGUUCCUGAGUUAAUUAAGCAAUUAACAUCCCAUCAUGCUUAGGGUUAUGUAUACAAAUUCUGGGCAGGUCAUUAUUUUGGCCAUUAUUUUGGCAGUUGUAGAAUCUACGCCAAGGUGCAUUGAAGCUGUUCUGGCUCAUGGUGGCCCAACACCCCAUUAAGACACUUAAUGUUGGUGUUUCCUUUAUUUUGGCAGUUACCUGUAUAUCAGCCAGAAAGGGAACCAAUCAUGGGAAAUGCAAAUAAAACAUCACAAAUCACCCAGAGAAACAGUUACAUUUCAUUUCACAUUUCUCUAGUAUAGGCUACUUAUCGUAUUGAACGUGAUAAGUGAUCGGUGUGGUUGGUGUUGAUCAUUUUCGGUUUAUCAUCCCAGCUCUAGUUAGGGGGAUCUGCUCCUAGAUCUGUGAUACUGGCUAGGGACACUGUGAUGUGGGUUGUUCCAGUGAGCAGGCUGUGUGACGCCGCCCCCCUGUGUUCUCCAGGUGAAGUGUAACGAGCAGCCCAACAGGGUGGAGAUCUAUGAGAAGACAGUGGAGGUGCUGGAACCAGAGGUCACCAAGCUCAUGAAGUUCAUGUACUUCCAGGUGAGAGACCAUUGAUGGAUUGAUAAAUAAAUAAAUAAAUAAAUAAAUUAAUAAAAUGAAUGAACAACCUAAUGUAUCAUAUUUGAAUUGGAACUCUGUCAGUCAAUCAUAUCCUUGUCCCUUGAAUGACGCAAUGAAACAAAUGCACGAAUAAACAAAUAAAUGAGUCCUAGUACCAGUCAAAAGUUUUAGAACACCUACUCAUUCUUUAUUUUUACUAUUUUCUACAUUGUAGAAUAAUACUGAAGAUGUCAAAACUAUGAAAUAACGCAUAUGGAAUCAUGUAGUGACCAAAGAAGUGUUAAACAAAUCAAAAUAUAAUUUAUAUUUGAGAUUCUUCAAAUAGCCACCCUUUGCCUUGAUGACAGCUUUGCACAUUCUUGGCAUUCUCUCAACCAGCUUCAUGAGGUAUUCACCUGGAAUGCGUUUCAAUUAACAGGUGUGCCUUGUUAAAGUUAAUUUGUGGAAUUUCUUUCCUUCUUAAUGGAUUUGAGCCAAUCAGUUGUGUUGUGACAAGGGAGGGGUGGUAUACAGAAGAUAGCCCUAUUUGGUAGAAGACCAAGUCCAUAUUAUGGCAAGAACAGCUCAAAUAAGCAAAAAUAAAUGACAGUCCAUCAUUGCGUUAAGACAUGAAGGUCAGUCAAUCCGAAAAAUGUCAAGAACUUCAAAGGUUUCCUCAAGUGUAGUCGGAAAACCAUCAAGAGCUAUGAUGAAACUGGCUCUCAUGAGGACCGCCACAGGAAAGGAAGACCCAGAGUUACCUCUGCUGCAGAGGAUAAGUUCAUUAGAGUUAACUGCACCUCAGAUUGCAGCCCAAAUAAAUGCUUCACAGAGUAACAGACACAUCUCAACAUCAACUGUUCAGAGGAGACUGCGUGAAUCAGGCCUUCAUGGUUGAAUUGCUGCAAAGAAACCACUACUAAAGGACACCAAUAAGAAGAAGAGACCUGCUUGGGCCAAGAAACACGAGCAAUGGACGUUAGACCGGUGGAAAUCUGUCCUUUGGUCUGAUGAGUCCAAAUUUGAGAUUUUUGGUUCCAAACGCUGUGUCUUUGUGAGACGCAGAGUAGGUGAACGGAUGAUCUCUGCAUGUGUGGUUCCCACCGUGAAGCAUGGAGGAGGAGGUGUGAUGGCUUGGGGGUGCUUUUCUGGUGACACUGUCAAUGAUUGAUUUAGAAUUCAAGGCACACUUAACCAGCAUGGCUACCACAGCAUUCUGCAGCGAUACGCCAUCCCAUCUGGUUUGCGCUUAGUGGGACUAUCAUUUGUUUUUCAACAGGACAAUGACCCAAAACACACCUCCAGGUUUUGUAAGGGCUAUUUGACCAAGGAGAGUGAUGGAGUGCUGCAUCAGAUGACCUGGCUCCACAAUCACCCGACCUCAACCCAAUUGAGAUGGUUUAGGAUGAGUUGGACCGCAGAAUGAAGGAAAAGCAGCCAACAAGUGCUCAGCAUACAGUGGGGAGAACUGCCAGUUUUGCAGGUUUUCCUACUUACAAAGCAUGUAGAGGUCUGUAAUUUUUAUCACAGGUACACUUCAACUGUGAGACGGAAUCUAAAACAAAAAUCCAGAAAAUCACAUUGUAUGAUUUUUAAGUGAUUAAUUUGCAUUUUAUUGCAUGACAUAAGUAUUUGAUCACCUACCAACCAGUAAGAAUUCCGGCUCUCACAGACCUGUUAGUUUUUCUUUAAGAAGCCCUCCUGUUCUCCACUCAUUACCUGUAUUAACUGCACCUGUUUGAACUCGUUACCUGUAUAAAAGACACCUGUCCACACACUCAAUCAAACAGACUCCAACCUCUCCACAAUGGCCAAGACCAGAGAGCUGUGUAAGGACAUCAGGGAUAAAAUGGUAUACCUGCACAAGGCUGGGAUGGGCUACAGGACAAUAGGCAAGCAGCCUGGUGAGAAGGCAACAACUGUUGGCGCAAUUAUUAGAAAAUGGAAGAAGUUCACGAUGACGGUCAAUCAACCUUGGUCUGGGGCUCCAUGCAAGAUCUCACCUUGUGGGGCAUCAAUGAUCAUGAGGAAGGUGAGGGAUCAGCCCAGAACUACACGGCAGGACCUGGUCAAUGACCUGAAGAGAGCUGGGACCACAGUCUCAAAGAAAACCAUUAGUAACACACUACGCCGUCAUGGAUUAAAAUCCUGCAGCGCACGCAAGGUCCCCCUGCUCAAGCCAGCGCAUGUCCAGGCCCAUCUGAAGUUUGCCAAUGACCAUCUGGAUGAUCCAGAGGAGGAAUGGGAGAAGGUCAUGUGGUCUGAUGAGACAAAAAUAGAGCUUUUUGGUCUAAACUCCACUCGCCGUGUUUGGAGGAAGAAGAAGGAUGAGUACAACCCCAAGAACACCAUCCCAACCGUGAAGCAUGGAGGUGGAAACAUCAUUCUUUGGGGAUGCUUUUCUGCAAAGGGGACAGGACGACUGCACCGUAUUGAGGGGAGGAUGGAUGGGGCCAUGUAUCGCGAGAUCUUGGCCAACAACCUCCUUCCCUCAGUAAGAGCAUUGAAGAUGGGUCGUGGCUGGGUCUUCCAGCAUGACAAUGACCCGAAUCACACAGCCAGGGCAACUAAGGAGUGGCUCCGUAAGAAGCAUCUCAAGGUCCUGGAGUGGCCUAGCCAGUCUCCAGACCUGAACCCAAUAGAAAAUCUUUGGAUGGAGCUGAAAGUCCGUAUUGCCCAGCGACAGCCCCGAAACCUGAAGGAUUUGGAGAAGGUCUGUAUGGAGGAGUGGGCCAAAAUCCCUGCUGCAGUGUGUGCGAACCAGGUCAAGACCUACAGGAAACGUAUGAUCUCUGUAAUUGCAAACAAAGGUUUCUGUACCAAAUAUUAAGUUCUGCUUUUCUGAUGUAUCAAAUACUUAUGUCAUGCAAUAAAAUGCAAAUUAAUUACUUUAAAAUCAUACAAUGUGAUUUUCUGGAUUUUUUUUACCUAUGAUAAAAAUUACAGACCUCUACAUGCUUUGUAAGUAGGAAAACCUGCAAAAUCAGCAGUGUAUCAAAUACUUGUUCUCCCCACUGUAUGUGGGAACUUCUUCAAGACUGUUGGAAAACCAUUCCACAUGAAGCUGGUUGAGAGAAUGCCAAGAGUGUGCAAAGCUGUCAUCAAGGCAAAGGGUGGCUACUUUGAAGAAUCUCAAAUAUAAAAUAUAUUUGUUUAACACUUCUUUGGUUACUACAUGAUUCCAUAUGUGUUAUCAAUGUAGAAAAUAGUACAAAUAAAGAAAAACCCUGGAAUGAGUAGCUGUGUCCAAACUUUUGACUGGUACUGUAUCUGAGACCUCUUCUCUCUCUGUCGUCGCCUUUUCCCCUGUCCUCUCCUGCAGCGUAAGGCCAUCGAGCGUUUCUGCGGGGAGGUGAAGCGUCUGUGCCACGCUGAGCGGAGGAAAGAUUUUGUUUCUGAAGCCUACCUCCUCACCCUGGGCAAGUUCAUCAACAUGUUCGCUGUGCUCGAUGAACUCAAGAACAUGAAGUGCAGCGUCAAGAACGACCACUCUGCCUAUAAAAGGUACAGAGGGAAGACAGACACAAUAUCAAAUCAAAUCAAAUGAAAUUGUAUUUGCCUCAUGCGCCGAAUACAACAGGUGUAGACAUUACAGUGAAAUGCUUACUUACAAGCCCUUAACCAACAAUGCAGUUUUUUAAAGAAACAUUUAAAAUUUAAAAAAGUGUUAAUUAUAGAAAAAUAAAAAAUAAAAGCAAAUAACUAAAGAGCAGCAGUCAAAAUAAAUUAUCAGUAGGUAGGCUAUAUACAGUGGGGUACCAGUACAGAGUCAAUGUGUGGGGGCACUGGCUUGUCGAGGUAAUUGAGGUCAUAUGUACAUGUGGGUAGAGUUAAAGUGACUAUGCAUAAUUAAUAAACAGAGUAGCAGCAGCGUAAAAGAGGGGGAUGGGGUGGGGUGGGGGGGCAGUGCAAAUAGUCCGGGUAGCCAUGAUUAGCUGUUCAGGAGUCUUAUGGCUUGGGGGUAGAAGCUGUUGAGCAGCCUUUUGGACCUAGACUUGGCGCUCCGGUACCGCUUGCCGUGCGGUAGCAGAGAGAACAGUCUAUGACGAGGGUGGCUUGAGUCUUUGAAAAUGUUUAGGGCCUUCCUCUGACACCGCCUGGUAUAGAGGUCCUGGAAGGCAGGAAGCUUGGCCCCAGUGAUGUACUGGGCCGUACGCACUACCCUCUGUAGUACCUUGCGGUCGGAGGCGGAGCAGUUGCCAUACCAGGCGGUGAUGCAACCAGUCAGGAUGCUCUCGAUGGUGCAGCUGUAGAACUUUUUGAGGAUCUGAGGACCCAUGCCAAAUCUUUUCAGUCUCCUGAGGGGGAAUAGGUUUUGUUGUGCCCUCUUCAUGACUGUCUUGGUGUGUUUGGACCAUGAUAGUUGGUUGGUGAUGUGGACACUAAGGAACUUGAAGCUCUCAACCUGUUCCACUACAGCCCUAUCGAUGAGAAUGGGGGCGUGCUCAGUCCUCUUUUUUUCCCACAAUCAUCUCCUUUGUCUUGAUCAUGUUGAGGGAGAGGUUGUUAUCCUGGCACCACACGGCCAGGUCUCUGACCUCCUCCCUAUAGGCUGUCUCAUCGUUGUCGGUGAUCAGGCCUACCACUGUUGUGUUGUCGGCAAACUUAAUGAUGGUGCUGGAGUCGUGCCUGGCCAUGCAGUCAUGGGUGAACAGGGAGUACAGGAGGGGACUGAGCACGCACCCCUGAGGGGCCCCAAUAUGGGGGUGCGUCUCAAUAGCCUGCAGUGGCUUCCUCUCCCUAUCACCUCUCCUGCACCUGCACUGAUCCUGAAAACACAGGAUAGGGGAAAGCAGUGUAGUAGAGGCUAAGGGGAAUUUGCUUUCACCUUGUUCCUUCACAUUAGCUCAAAUGAUGGAAAAGUGACAGAGUGAAGGGCCAAUUUAUAUCACUAUUGAGAUGCACCCAAUUGACUCAUGUAAAACCGAAGCUGUGAGGUGCUGCUACAGAAUUAGUUCUGUGGUAUUAUUUGUGUUUGUCAACUAUUGAGGAAGUUGAUUAAACCAUUCCAACGUUUCUGCAACUUCCUCCCCCUAACAAGCAACGUUUCAAAUGGUCUACCUCUUGUGGCUUUGAGUCAGUGACUUUUAUCACAGAGACAUUUUAAACCAGAAGCUGUGUGGUGUGGCUACAGCAUUAGAUCUGUGGGAUUAUUUGUGUCUUCAGGGCAGCUCAGUUCCUGAGGAAGAUGGCCGACCCUCAGUCCAUCCAGGAGUCACAGAACCUCUCCAUGUUCCUAGCCAAUCACAACCGGAUCACUCAGGUGUGUGUUGUGUGUGUGUGUGUUGUGUGUGUUGUGUGUGUGUGUGUGUGUGUGUGUUGUGUUGUGUGUGUGUGUGUUGUGUGUGUGUGUGCAGUAGCAUAAUUGGUGUGUAUAUUUCCCUCUGUAGUGUCUGCAGCAGCAGUUGGAGGUGAUUCCUGGCUAUGAGGAGUUGUUAGCAGACAUCGUCAACAUCAGUGUUGAUUACUAUGAGAACAAGAUGUACCUGACGCCCAGCGAGAAACACAUGCUGCUCAAGGUAAUCGCCUCGUCUAGCUCUCUCUUACCUGCCUUUCUCUAGAUACCUGUCUCUGUCUGAAUCUCAACUACCUUCAUUCUCUAGAUACCUGUCUCUGUCUGGAUCUCAACUACCUUCAUUCUCUAGAUACCUGUCUCUGUCUGGAUCUCAACUACCUUCAUUCUCUAGAUACCUGUCUCUGUCUGGAUCUCAACUACCUUCAUUCUCUAGAUACCUGUCUCUGUCUGGAUCUCAACUCCUUCUUUCUCUAGAUACCUGUCUCUGUCUGGAUCUCAACUACCUUCAUUCUCUAGAUACCUGUCUCUGUCUGGAUCUCAACUACAUUCAUUCUCUAGAUACCUGUCUCUGUCUGGAUCUCAACUACAUUCAUUCUCUAGAUACCUGUCUCUGUCUGGAUCUUAACUCCUUCUUUCUCUAGAUACCUGUCUCUGUCUGGAUCUUAACUACCUUCUUUCUCUAGAUACCUGUCUCUGUCUGGAUCUUAACUACCUUCUUUCUCUAGAUACCUGUCUCUGUCUGGAUCUUAACUCCUUAUUUCUCUAGAUACCUGUCUCUGUCUGGAUCUUAACUACCUUCUUUCUCUAGAUACCUGUCUCUGUCUGGAUCUCAACUACCUUCAUUCUCUAGAUACCUGUCUCUGUCUGGAUCUCAACUACCUUCAUUCUCUAGAUACCUGUCUCUGUCUGGAUCUCAACUACCUUCAUUCUCUAGAUACCUGUCUCUGUCUGGAUCUCAACUACCUUCAUUCUCUAGAUACCUGUCUCUGUCUGGAUCUUAACUCCUUCUUUCUCUAGAUACCUGUCUCUGUCUGGAUCUUAACUACCUUCUUUCUCUAGAUACCUGUCUCUGUCUGGAACUUAAAAUGCUAAUAGCCUCCUUACUCCUGCUAACUAGUCCUCAACUGUAGCUUCCAGUAGUGUUCAGAAUAUGUAGAGUUAUUUCUGAAUGUCCAUCAAAUAUCAUUGAUCCAGCUUUGUGUAAUAUCACCCUGUGUGUGUGUCAGGUGAUGGGUUUCGGUCUCUAUCUGAUGGACGGUAACGUCAGUAACAUCUACAAACUAGACGCCAAGAAGAGGAUCAACCUGGGAAAGAUCGACAAGUUCUUCAAGGUCAGUGUGUUUGUGUGUGUGUGUGUGUGUGUGUGUGUGUUUGUGCUCCACACCAAAACAGCCAUCUAACUUUUCCUUGUGGCCCCGUCUGUACUUCCACACCAAUAUGAUAUUCUUCGAUCACACUCCUAUCCUGACUGAAGCCCUUUCUCUGUGUGUGUGUCUUGUUUGACCCAUUCAGCUCCAGGUGGUGCCUCUGUUUGGAGACAUGCAGAUAGAACUGUCACGCUACAUAGAGACCAGUGCUCACUAUGAGGAAAACAAGUCUAAGUAAGAACAUCAUCCAUCUUUAAACUCACAAACUCUGAAAACUCAUAAACUCAGACCUCUAACAAGUCCUGAACCCCAGCCCCUAACCCACAGGUGUAAAACUCAACCCCCUUCACCUAACCCACCGGUGUCAAACUCAAUCCCAGCCCCUAACCCACAGGUGUCAAACUCAUUCCACAGAGGGCCGAGUGUCUGCGGGUUUUCACUCCUCCCUUGUACUUGAUUGAUGAAUUAAGGUCACUGAUUAGUAAGGAACUUAAGGUCUUAAUUGGACACAAAUUUAAAGGAAAUAGCAAAAACCAGCAUACACUCGGCCCUCCAUGGAAUGAGUUUGACACCCCUCCCCUAACCCCUGACUGUCCUAUAGGUGGACGUGUACCCGGAGCUCCAUCUCUGCCCAGUACAACCUGUGUGAACCCUGACCUCUAACCUCUGACCUCUCUCCUACAGGUGGACGUGUACCCAGAGCUCCAUCUCUCCCCAGUACAACCUGUGUGAGCAGAUGGUUCAGAUUCGUGACGACCACAUCCGGUUCAUCUCUGAGCUGGCUCGCUACAGUAACAGUGAGGUAGUGACCGGGUCAGGCCUGGACAGUCAGAAGUCAGACGAGGAGUACAGGGAACUGUUUGACCUGGCACUCAGAGGGUUACAGCUGCUGUCCAAGUGGAGCACACACGUCAUGGAAGUGGUGAGUAGGGAAACGGUGUGUGUGUGUGUGUGUGUGUGUGUGUGUGUGUGUGUGUGUGUGUGUGUGUGUGUGUGUGUGUGUGUGUGUGUGUGUGUGUGUGUGUGUGUGUGUGUGUGUGUGUGUGUGCGUGCGUGUUUAUGUCAAAGAAGGGGCAGUGUGUAGUCCGUGCUUGGUCCCAUACAUUUUCUUUUGUAAUCAGUUAUUUUAAUUAAUUAAGUGAUUCUAUUUCUACCUGGUCCUGUGAUUUUCAGUUUCCUCUGACACCAUAUUCUCUCCCUCAGUACUCAUGGAAGUUGGUCCACCCGACAGAUAAGUUCUGUAACAAGGACUGUCCCGGCACAGCGGAGGAGUAUGAGAGAGCUACACGUUACAACUACACCUCAGAGGAGAAGUUUGCCCUGGUCGAGGUCAUCGCCAUGAUCAAGGGGCUGCAGGUCAGAAACACAUACUGUACUUACACAGAGCUUUGUCAUGACAUCGUUGGGAAGCUUACAGAAUAGUAACAUACAGUGGUUUGCGAAGGUAUUCACCCCUCUUGGCAUUUUUCCUAUUUUGUUGCCUUACAACCUGGAAUUAAAAUGGAUUUGUUUUGGGUUUGUAUCAUUUGAUUUACACAACAUGCCUACCACUUUGAAGAUGCAAAAUAUGUUUUAUUGUGAAACAAACAAGAAAUAAGACAAAAAACUGAAAAGUUGAGCGUGCAUAACUAUUCACCCCAGCAAUCUUUAAGUCAUACCACAGAUUCUCAAUUGGAUUGAGGUCUGGGCUUUGACUAGGCCAUUCCAAGACAUUUAAAUGUAAUCCCCUUAAACCACUCGAGUGUUGCUUUAGCAGCAUGCUUAGGGUCAUUGUCCUGCUGGAAGGUGAACCUCCGUCCCAGACUCAAAUCUCUGGAAGACUGAAACAGGUUUCCCUCAAGAAUUUCCCUGUAUUUAGCGCCAUUCAUCAUUCCUUCAAUUCUGACCAGUUUCCCAGUUCCUGCCGAUGAAAAACAUCCCCACAGCAUGAUGCUGCCACUACCAUGCUUCACUGUGGGGAUGGUGUUCUCGGGGUGAUUAGAGGUGUUGGGUUUGCGCCAGACAUAGCGUUUUCCUUGAUGGCCCAAAAGGUCAAUUUUAGUCUCAUCUGACCAGAGUACCUUCUUCCAUAUGUUUGGGGAGUCUCCCACAUGCCUUUUGGCGAACACCAAACGUGUUUGCUUAUUUUUUUCUUAAAGCAAUGGCAUCCGUGGGAUGUUCAAAGUUUCAGAUAUUUUUUUAUAACCCAACCCUGAUCUGUACUUCUCCACAACUUUGUCCCUGACCUGUUUGGAGAGCUCCUUUGUCUUCAUGGUGCCGCUUGUUUGGUGGUGCCCCUUGCUUAGUGGUGUUGCAGACUCUGGAGCCAUUCAGAACAGGUGUAUAUAUACUGAGAUCAUGUGACAGAUCAUGUUACACUUAGAUUGCACACAGGUGGACUUUAUUUAACUAAUUCUGUGACUUCUGAAGGUAAUUGGUUGCACCAGAUCUUAUUUAGGGGCUUCAUAGCAAAGGGGGUGAAUACAUAUGCACGCACCACUUUUCCGUUAUUUAUUUUUUGAUUUUUUGGAAAUAAGUUAUUUUUAUAAUUUCACUUCACCAAUUUGGACUAUUUUGUGUAUGUCCAUUGCAUGAAAUCCAAAUAAAGAUCAAUUUAAAUUACAGGUUGUAAUGCAACAAAAUAGGAGAAACGCCAAGGGGGAUGAAUACUUUGGCAAGGCACUGUCGCAUAAUUUCACCACUGUGGGUCUUGAUUGAAAUGUGGCAACAUUGGUGGUGGUGAUGAUGGUGGUAUCUGUCACGAUCGUCAUAAUGAGUGGACCAAGGCGCAGCGUGAUAUGCGUACAUCUUUUUAAUAGUGUACUGGCAACACGAUACAAAAUACAAAACAACCAAACGAAACGUGAAGUCCUCGGUUAACAACACAAACCAACACGGAACACGAUCCCACAAAACACAAGUGCACAACAGGCUGCCUAAGUAUGGUUCCCAAUCAGAGACAACAAGCAACAGCUGAUUCUCGUUGCCUCUGAUUGAGAACCACCCCGGCCAACCUAGAAAACACAUGAACUAGAAACUGAACAUAGAACACAAAACAUAGACCCUACACACCCUGGCUCAACAUAUAAGAGUCCCCAGAGCCAGGGCGUGACAGUAUCUGUGUUGUAGGUGUUGAUGUUGAUGAUGAUGAUGAUGAUGGUAUCUGUGUUGUAGGUGUUGAUGUUGAUGAUGAUGAUGAUGAUGAUGGUAUCUGUGUUGUAGGUGUUGAUGGGUCGUAUGGAGAGCGUAUUCAACCAGGCCAUAAGGAACACCAUCUAUGCAGCCCUGCAGGACUUUGCCCAGAUGACCCUCAGAGAGCCUCUACGUCAGGCCGUACGCAAGAAGAAGAACGUUCUCAUCAGGUAACAAACUGAUGCCUGCACUCAUUCUUGUUUAACUAUUAACACAUUUCAGGCAAGAGAACCUCCUAAGAUGUACUGUAACAUCUUAUUUUCUAGGUGGUCUUGAUAAAAAACACCUUGAAAAAAAGGCUAAAGUCCCCUCAAAGGCUCAUGUGUGCAUACGGCACAAUUCUCACUGUUUGCUAGACAGAAGAACCAUGGACCUUUCAUAGUCAGCUAGAUGGCGUCCUAAAUGGCACCAUAUCCCCCAUAGGCCCUGGUCUAAAGUAGUGCACUAUAUAGGGAAUAGUGUACCAUUUGUGACACACGGAUAGUCAUUCCCUAUGAUGCUGAUUAUCUGAUAACCCUCUGUCUCUCUCUAGUGUCCUGCAGGCAAUCCGUAAGACCAUCUGUGACUGGGAGGGGGCUCGGGAGCCUCCCAAUGACCCCUGUCUCAGGGGGGAGAAGGACCCCAAAGGAGGGUUCGACAUCAAGGUGCCCCGCAGAGCUGUGGGACCCUCAAGCACACAGGUACACCAGGAGAGAGAGAGAGCGGCAGGGAGAGAGGGGUAACAGAGGGCUAGGGGAAUUAGGAAGAGGGGAUGGAAUAGACUGAUGUUGCUCAGGGAUAGAGGCAGGCUGUAGGGACAGGAUCAAGUACAGGGACUUUGUAGGGGAAUGGAAAGAAUAUCAAGUAUUAUUUUGUCGUUUCUCUCUCUCUCCCUCCCUAGCUGUACAUGGUUCGUACCAUGCUGGAGUCGUUGAUAGCCGAUAAGAGUGGUUCUAAGAAGACUCUACGCAGCAGUCUGGACGGACCAAUAGUACUGGCUAUAGAAGACUUCCACAAACACUCCUUCUUCUUCACACACCUGCUCAACUUCAGUGGUAUGUACACUCACACACACACACACACACAGUCUUGUACAGCUAACCUUGUGGGGACACACAAUUCAGUCCCAUUCAAAAUCCUAUUUUCCUAAACCCCUAACCCUAAACCUAAUCCUAACCUGUACUCUUACCUUAACCCAAAAACCUAACCUUAACCCUAACCCUAACCUUAACCCUAAACCUAACCCUAGCUCUUAGCUGUAACCCUUAACGUAAUUGUAACCCUAACCUUAACCCUAAACCCCCUAGAAAUAGCAUUUCACCUGGUGUUUGUUUACUAUUCUUGUGGGGACUUCUGGUACACACACACACACACACACACACACACACACACACACACACACACACACACACACACACACACACACACACGGUCAUGCUUCCUUACAAUACCACCCUCAAUCAUUUGAUCACCAUCAAUCCUCACCUUCUUCAUCUUUUUUGCUUUCCUUCCCCUCCCAUCCUGUAAUGAUAUCAUGUUAUUAACCUCCUGUAAUGAUAUCAUGUUAUUGACCUGUAAUAAUAUCAUGUUAUUGACCUCCUGUAAUAAUAUCAUGUUAUUAACCUCCUGUAAUGAUAUCAUGUUAUUGACCUCCUGUAAUAAUAUCAUGUUAUUGACCUCCUGUAAUAAUGUUAUUCACCUCCCGUCCUGUAAUAAUAUCAUGUUAUUGACCUCCUGUAAUAAUAUCAUGUUAUUCACCUCCCAUCCUGUAAUAAUAUCAUGUUAUUCACCUCCCGUCCCGUAGAGGUGCUGCAGCACUGCUGUUACUACCUGUUUAACACCCUAAAGUCUGUCUAAUUAGCAUAAUAAAAAAAUCCCCAUAAAAAUCUUUCAGUUUAAGUUAGAGAUAUUUUUUUGCAUUGGAUGCGUCUCAAUCCACCACAUCUGCCUAUGUCGCAAUUCCGCAUCUGCGGUGAAAGGUAACAGAGCCAGAGCGGUGUUUGUUAGACCAUGAGACAUCCCCAAAAUCUGUCUUCUCACAAAACCAUCUGUAGCGCCCGAACGGUUUUGGCCUACGACCUCCACAAGUUUCAGGAGACUCGUCUGAAGUCAGUAGAGCCGAUCUGCCAACUUCUGUCUGUAGCGUCUGAACCGUUUGGGCUAUACACUAAUAUGGCGAGACUCUCACGAACAUGUACAUAUCGGUUGUUUUGCUCGAGGACGCCCACAGUCCUCACAAGACUCAUCUGAAGGUCUGAAGGUCUCCCGGUUCCAGUUGAGAAAAUGAAUGGAACUAUAUAUGGAGACUGUUUUAAUGCCCAAAAUAUGAGGUUAAACACAUGUAAAAUAUAUACAGUGAGGGAAAAAAGUAUUUGAUCCCCUGCUGAUUUUGUACGUUUACCCACUGACAAAGACAUGAUCAAUCUAUAAUUUUAAUGGUAGGUUUAUUUGAACAGUGAGAGACAGAAUAACAACAAAACAAUCCAGAAAAACGUUUGCAUUUUAAUGAGGGAAAUAAGUAUUUGACCCCUCUGCAAAACAUGACUUAGUACUUGGUGGCAAAACCCUUGUUGGCAAUCACAGAGGUCAGACGUUUCUUGUAGUUGGCCACCAGGUUUGCACACAUCUCAGGAGGGAUUUUGUCCCACUCCUCUUUGCAGAUCUUCUCCAAGUCAUUAAGGUUUCGAGGCUGACGUUUGGCAACUCUAACCUUCAGCACCCUCCACUGAUUUUCUAUGGGAUUAAGGUCUGGAGACUGACUAGGCCACUCCAGGACCUUAAUGUGCUUCUUCUUGAGCCACUCCUUUGUUGCCUUGGCCGUGUGUUUUGGGUCAUUGUCAUGCUGGAAUACCCAUCCACUACCCAUUUUCAAUGCCCUGGCUGAGGGAAGGAGGUUCUCACCCAAGAUUUGACGGUACAUGGCCCCGUCCAUCGUCCCUUUGAUGCAGUGAAGUUGUCCACCCCCAAAGCAUAAUGUUUCCACCUCCAUGUUUGACAGUGGGGAUGGUGUUCUUGGGGUCAUAGGCAGCAUUCUUCCUCCUCCAAACACGGCGACUUGAGUUGAUGCCAAAGAGCUCCAUUUUGAUCUCAUCUGACCACAACACUUUCACCCAGUUCUCCUCUGAAUCAUUCAGAUGUUCAUUGGCAAACUUCAGACGGGCACGUAUAUGUGCUUUCUUGAGCAGGGGGACCUUGCGGGUGCUGCAGGAUUUCAGUCCUUCACGGCGUAGUGUGUUACCAAUUGUUUUCUUGGUGACUAUGGUCCCAGCUGCCUUGAGAUCAUUGACAAGAUCCUCCCGUGUAGUUCUGGGCUGAUUCCUCACCUUUCUCAUGAUCAUUGCAACUCCACGAGGUGAGAUCUUGCAUGGAGCCCCAGGCAGAGGGAGAUUGACAGUUAUUUUGUGUUUCUUCCAUUUGCGAAUAAUCACACCAACCGUUGUCACCUUCUCACCAAGCUGCUUGGCGAUGGUCUUGUAGCCCAUUCCAGCCUUGUGUAGGUCUACAAUCUUGUCCCUGACAUCCUUGGAGAGCUCUUUGGUCUUGGCCAUGGUGGAGAGUUUGGAAUCUGAUUGAUUGAUUGCUUCUGUGGACAGGUGUCUUUUAUACAGGUAACAAGCUGAGAUUAGGAGCACUCCCUUUAAGAGUGUGCUCCUAAUCUCAGCUCAUUACCUGUAUAAAAGACACCUGGGAGCCAGAAAUCUUUUUGAUUGAGAGGGGGUCAAAUACUUAUUUCCCUCAUUAAAAUGCAAAUCAAUUUAUAACAUUUUUGACAUGCGUUUUUCUGGAUUUUUUGUUGUUAUUCUGUCUCUCACUGUUCAAAUAAACCUACCAUUAAAAUUAUAGACUGAUCAUUUAUUUGUCAGUGGGCAAACAUACAAAAUCAGCAGGGGAUCAAAUACUUUUUUCCUUCACUGUAUUUAUAUAUAUAUAUAUAUAUAUAUAUAUAUAUAUAUAUAUAUAUAUAUAUAUAUAUAUAUAUAUAUGAUGUUAUUGACCUAUAUAUACACAAGGCUGGGAUGGGCUACAGGACAACAGGCAAGCAGCUUGGUGAGAAGGCAACAACUGUUGGCGCAAUUAUUAGAAAAUGGAAGAAGUUCAAGAAGACGGUCAAUCACCCUCGGUCUGGGGCUCCAUGCAAGAUCUCACUUCGUGGGGCAUCAAUGAUCAUGAGGAAGGUGAGGGAUCAGCCCAGAACUACACGGCAGGAUCUUGUCAAUGAUCUCAAGGCAGCUGGGACCACAGUCUCAAAGAAAACAAUUGGUAAUAUGUAUUAAUUGGUAACACACUACGCUGUGAAGGACUGAAAUCCUGCAGCACCCGCAAGGUCCCCCUGCUCAAGAAAGCACAUAUACAGGCCCGUCUGAAGUUUGCCAAUGAACAUCUGAAUGAUUCAGAGGAGAACUGGGCGAAAGUGUUGUGGUCAGAUGAGACCAAAAUCGAGCUCUUUGGCAUCAACUCAACUCGCCGUGUUUGGAGGAGGAGGAAUGCUGCCUAUGACCCCAAGAACACCAUCCCCACCGUCAAACAUGGAGGUGGAAACAUUAUGCUUUGGGGGUGUUUUUCUGCUAAGGGGACAGGACAACUUCACUGCAUCAAAGGGACGAUGGACGGGGCCAUGUACCGUCAGAUCUUGGGUGAGAACCUCCUUCCCUCAGCCAGGGCAUUGAAAAUGGGUCGUGGAUGGGUAUUCCAGCAUGACAAUGACCCAAAACACACGGCCAAGGCAACAAAGGAGUGGCUCAAGAAGAAGCACAUUAAGGUCCUUGAGUGGCCUAGCCAGUCUCCAGACCUUAAUCCCAUAGAAAAUCUGUGGAGGGAGCUGAAGGUUCGAGUUGCCAAACGUCAGGCUCGAAACCUUAAUGACUUUGAGAAGAUCUGCAAAGAGGAGUGGGACAAAAUCCCUCCUGAGAUGUGUGCAAACCUGGUGGCCAACUACAAGAAAUGUCUGACCUCUGUGAUUGCCAACAAGGGUUUUGCCACCAAGUACUAAGUCAUGUUUUGCAGAGGGGUCAAAUACUUAUUUCCCUCAUUAAAAUGCAAAUCAAUUCAUAACAUUUUUGACAUGCGUUUUUCUGGAUUUCUUUGUUGUUAUUCUGUCUCUCACUGUUCAAAUAAACCUACCAUUAAAAUUAUAGACUGAUCAUGUCUUUGUCAGUGGGCAAACGUACAAAAUCAGCAGGGGAUCAAAUACUUUUUUCCCUCACUAAUAUAUAUAUAUAUAUAUAUAUAUAUAUAUAUAUAUAUAUAUAUAUAUAUAUAUAUAUAUAUGUAUAUGUAUGUGUAUAUAUAUAUAUGUAUGUAUAUGUGUUUCCUGAUCAUUCUUAUAUCUCUCAGAUAUAGGAGAUACACUUCAGAACAAACUUCCUUUUGAUAUGUAGUGAAUCUGUAUGGGCUAAUAGCAGUAAGACCAAAGAGAUUUUAAUAAAACAAAUAUUUCUAUAUAUUUUGGGGAUACUUCAAGGAGUCUUAAAAUUCAAAAUGAAAUAGCUUAAUGAUCCUUGGUAUGACCUUCUUAAAACAUCAAUAGAUAUUGUUGGAAUUUUUUUGUCACUCAAAUAUCACAUUAGACAUGACAAAAUGUGUAGAAUUGCAGGAAAUAAGCUUUAAACCUGCAAAAUUCUCUCCACCAACAAGAGCGGUGUGAACAGUUUGUGUCAUGAACAGUGCUUGUGCCCAUAGAAAUAGACGUGUCCCGCGCACGCAGGGGAUGUUCCCCAAUGCUGGAAGGGGAGCCCUGAGUGAAAAAGUUUAGGAACCCCUGCUGUAGAGGCGCUGCAGCACUGUUGUGUCCUGUCUCAGCUGUGGUUCAGAGAGUUCUUCCUCUAAUAAUAUCAUGUUAUUCCCUUCCUGUCCUCCAGAGGCGCUGCAGCACUGUUGUGUCCUGUCUCAGCUGUGGUUCAGAGAGUUCUUCCUCUAAUAAUAUCAUGUUAUUCCCUUUCUGUCCUCCAGAGGCACUGCAGCACUGUUGUGUCCUGUCUCAGCUGUGGUUCAGAGAGUUCUUCCUCUAAUAAUAUCAUGUUAUUCCCUUCCUGUCCUCCAGAGGCACUGCAGCACUGCUGUGACCUGUCUCAGCUGUGGUUCAGAGAGUUCUUCCUGGAGCUGACCAUGGGUCGCAGGAUCCAGUUCCCCAUCGAGAUGUCCAUGCCCUGGAUCCUCACAGACCACAUACUGGAGACCAAGGAGCCAUCCAUGAUGGAGUGAGACACUGUUUAGACCACUGUGUGUGUGUGUGUGUGUGUGUGUGUGUGUGUGUGUGUGUGUGUGUGUGUGUGUACACGCGCGUGCAGGUGAGAGAGAGGAAGUGAUGGAGAGGGAGAAGGAAAGUGAUGGACAGAUAGUGUUUGUUUGUCUCUCUGUUGUCAUUGUGUCCAUACUGAGUCUGUCUGUGUUUAAUGUGCCUGCUGAUGCCGUCCUGCAUGUUUCUCCCAGGUAUGUGUUGUACCCUCUGGACCUCUACAAUGACAGUGGCUACUACGCUCUGACCAAGUUCAAGAAACAGUUCCUCUACGAUGAGAUAGAGGCUGAGGUAAACUAGCACGAAACAAAGAUGGCCGCCUCAGAAAUCAAGUAAUGACAAGUCAUUUAUCACCGAUCACUACAAGAAUAGUGUGAGUUACGGAUGCUGCUUUUCCUACAGGUGAACCUGUGCUUCGAUCAGUUUGUCUACAAACUGGCAGACCAGAUAUUUGCCUACUACAAAGCCAUGUCUGGAAGGUAAGAGACGGAUGGAGACACCAUAGAAAACAGAUACAAGACUGAAUCAUGUUGAUGGGGGGGAAUUAAAUCAAGCAGUGAAUGAUGUUGUGUGUUUUGCUCCACAGUGUCCUCCUGGACAAGCGUUUCAGGGCGGAGUGUAAAAACUAUGGUGUGAUCAUCCCCUACCCCCCUUCCAACCGUUAUGAGACCCUGCUCAAACAGAGACACGUACAGGUAGGUCUGUCAUACACCUCCCUGUCAUACACCGCCCUGUCAUACACCGCCCUGUCAUACACCUCCCUGUCAUACACCGCCCUGUCAUACACCGCCCUGUCAUACACCUCCCUGUCAUACACCUCCCUGUCAUACACCGCCCUGUCAUACACCGCCCUGUCAUACACCGCCCUGUCAUACACCGCCCUGUCAUACACCUCCCUGUCAUACACCUCCCUGUCAUACACCGCCCUGUCAUACACCGCCCUGUCAUACACCGCCCUGUCAUACACCGCCCUGUCAUACACCGCCCUGUCAUACACCUCCCUGUCAUACACCUCCCUGUCAUACACCGCCCUGUCAUACACCGCCCUGUCAUACACCGCCCUGUCAUACACCGCCCUGUCAUACACCGCCCUGUCAUACACCGCCCUGUCUUACACCUCCCUGUCAUACACCGCCCUGUCAUACACCGCCCUGUCAUACACCGCCCUGUCAUACACCGAUAAUUUUUAGUGGGACUGAUUUUAAUUUUUAACAUAAAAUCACACAACCUCUCUCUUCCUCUCUUUACCUCUCCUCUCGCUCCUCCUCUCUUUUCUCUCCUCAUCUCUUCCCCCUCUCUCUCCCUUCCUCUCUCCUCCUCUCUUCUCUCUCCCCCUCUUUCUCUCCUCUCUCCCUUCCUCUCUCCUCCCUCUCUCCUCCCUCCCUCUCUCUCUCAUCCUGUCCUCUCUCUCCAGCUCCUGGGUCGCUCCAUCGAUCUGAACCGUCUGAUCACCCAGAGGAUCUCAGCAGCCAUGUACAAGUCUCUGGACCAGGCCAUCAGCCGCUUUGAGAGUGAAGACCUCACCUCCAUAGUGGUGAGAACACCAGGGCAGGGGCAUACUGUAACUUUUGGUUCAACCUUCCAAAAACACAAACACAAAACCAACAAAAACCCCCAAAAAUCCCCGCCCCGGGGGAAAUGUACCUUCAGGUAG